AUGAUAACCGUUGGAGCCGCGUCGGCCGAUGAGGUGCUCGUCGGUAGACAGGCUCAGCCACAGAACAUUGGCGUGCUACAAUCGUUCCCCUCAGUGGUCCAAGUGGAGUUCUACUUGUUCUGGUCCACCAUCGACUGGUCGCAGGAGUGCGCGGGUAUAAUCCUCAACAACAGACAUAUCCUCUCUGCUGGCAGCUGUGUCUCUGGAUGGUCUUACGAGUCCCGGUUCCGCCGCAUAAGAGCUGGUUCCAGCGUCGCCAAUACUGGCGGCAUCGUACACUACGUCCAGGAUAGAAUGCUCCAUCCCCACUGGGCAAACAACGAUUACUCCGGAGAUGUGAGCGUCAUCAGAACCAUGACGACCAUAGUGUACACCGCACUCAUCCAGCAAGCGUCCAUCGCGUCCCCCGGAUCCUGGAUGCCACACAACUUGAGAGUAUCGCAACCUGGAUUCGGUCGCGGUCAGCAAACAGCGUUGACCAACCAAGAAGUGCUAACCGCUGAACGCUCCAACUGCGCUCGUCGCGACGGCACUUUCUCCGCUGCCUUCAACGCCACCGUCAACAUCAUUUGCGCUAUCCCCCCCACCGGCAUAGCACGCAACGAUAACGUCGGCAGCCCAUGGAUCUUCAACGGGGUCGCUGUUGGCAUGUGUGGAGGUGUUAACUCUAUUGAUGCUUACAAAGGACUCAUAGCAGCCGAUGUCGCACAGUACACCGCAUGGAUUGUUGAUAUCGUUUCUAACUGGUGGUAG